AUGACGGAUGUUGGCGUUGAAAAUGGUGCUCUCACGAAUCACGACAGGAGCCCUCGCUUGAACGGAGCGAACGUGCAAGGAUCUGGGAAGGUUCAGCUCGACUCCGGAAAGCAUUCGGCCAAUACUCCAAAUGGAUCCUCCAACCACGCAACAGACAAGAGUGGCGGCCAAUCCUUCGCACCGAUGGACCCGACCAAGCAGGUUCUCGACAAGCGGGGGAGGAUGAAUGGCUUGCCCGAUGAGAUUCGCCAUAUCGCCGAAGGAUAUAUACCUCUUUCUCUAUUCCUUUCGCGGCUCGCUCAACAGACACAUAAUGUCCUUCAAGAGAAGGUUCAACAACUUGCAAAGAUGCCUCUACCGCAAGCUCCCGCGUCAGCGGUUAACGGCAACUCUUCAGCUGCAUCGAAAGACAAGGACGAGUUCGAUAACUCUCAUGAGAGUCUAUACAAGAAAGUCAAUUUGCUUCAGUUUAUCCAGUCGAUCCAUGGAAAAUGGGUGAAGGCUUUGGUUAUCGCGAAUUGGAGCAGGGAGAGCGAGCUUGUCACCAAGCUGAUCGACUUGAAGAGCCAUCUCAACGAUCAGCUCAUGGAGUUUGAUAACCGGCUGGAGCAAGUCGUGGAACUGAAGCGGGGGUUGAUCUUUGCGCGCGUCCCAAGCCCCGAUUUGAAGACUGCGCUUCAGGUUCUCUCUUGUGGUAAUGGCGACUGGAUGCCCGAUCUCGGCUACAUAGAACCACCGAAGCUAAAGCGGGCUGACCACGUCAAGUGGCUUGAAGAUCUCGAUACCUGCCUCUCUAUGCGGCUGAACCUCCAGGAUUUCGACAAAAUACCGCGGCAAUUCAAGGACUAUUCCAUCGGCUCUGGGCGAGUGACGUUCAAAGUCAAAGGCGAAUUCGAGAUUGAUCUUACUAUGGCGGACGAGGACCCGGAGAAGCAAUUCUGGUUCAUUGAUUUCAGGUUCGACUUUUCGCCGGCGGCGCGAGAGCUUUCGCCUCGUUUGAAAGCUAUGCUAGAGGUGCAUGUGAACGAGGCUUUAGCCAAGGAUCAUCUCACAGGUUGUUAUCAGCUGCUCCACGAGUUUGUGCUGAGCCAUAAGAUCGGAGAACUGAGACGACAGGCCUACGAACUCGCGCGAACUUCUUGGACACGGACCCUUGCGAUAGAACCCUUGGACCGUUCGUUCUCCAUCCAGUAUUGGGUCACUCGGCAACCUCAAAAUACUUCGUCUGUCCCCGCCUACUCGCGAUACGCUGUUCCGCAGGUACCCACAGUGCCAAAAAGCUGGAUCAUCGUCUCGGUUGCUAGUGCGAGGAAACCCGACGGCUCUCCUGAUCCUAAGGCUUCCAGUCGCCUUGCCGUCCAGUGGUUCCGUGAUGGGAAAGAGGUCAAGGAUGCCAACAUCGAGUUCGACCACAACGACUUGUCCACCGAGAAGCUUCUCAAAGUAGUAAUAGCGAAGCAUGUCGAGCAUAUUCUGAGGUCGAUACACAAGAAGCUACGUCCGGCGCCACGCUUCGCUAGUCAAGAGGCCGCCAUGGUUCUGCACAUAUCCCCAACGGAACCGGGAGAGUCAUUCCUAACAAUGCAGCUCAGCGCGACGGAAACCGUUGCCCUAAGGGUGGAGCCGACCAGUGGCAAGUUCAACCUUCACCCGAACUCCAAAUUCACCAUACAAGCCGAGAACAGGUUGAAUAUGAGUGGCAAGGACCCCGCCGAGGAUGGCGCUACCUGCUUAGAGACCUUACGAUGGCACCACCUAGCGGAGGAGAUUGCUCGCAAGGGCAGAUCGCAAGGUUGGGCUCCUACCAAGAGUCCAUUGGGCUAUGACGAUGUCAAGGUUCUCUUCAAACCCCAAGAGCCGUUUUCACCCGUUUGCUUCCAACGCCAAGGCGUCGACCCUAAGUGCGAUGAGCCGAGGACCACAGCUCGUUCAAUCGGAUUCUAUGCGAAGCUUCGGCUUCAAUUGGCCCAGCCCGGACUCGAAGGUCCAUUCUGGAGCAACUUGACCACCUUUGUCACCGGCGUUAUUGCGCAUGCCACAGAUUUGGCCGAGUUGCACCACAACAAACUCCGAUAUGAGAGGCGCACAAGGAAGAAUUUCUCCCUUCCUAAUGAGGUUGUGGUUCCAUCCAUCUUUGUUAAACUCUCGGAUGUAUUACCCACAGCCGCCAACAGAGCGCUGCAGUCGCUCACCAAUGGCGAGCAACCCCGAUCUACACCACACCUUGACUCCGGAGCUGCUAAAGACGGAUCAUCCCAGUCUCCCGAGUCAAAGGAAAACCAUGGCGCCGGCGCAAUUAGCACAUGGCUGUCCGAAUCCAGACGAAGAUCACCCGGUUUCGGGAAGCCCUGGGCCAUGGACUAUAUCGAGCUUCGAUAUUCCGGAGUACACUCGGUUCAGACAAGGGAAGGUACCGGUGCGCGUCACCUAACAUAUGGUAUGGAUGCCAUCAUCCGCGUGGUUGACAGGAAGAAGUUUUCGCUGCUUAGCGGAAAGCUUGGAGAUAAUGUUUAUUAUAACUCACGAAGGGGCGAGUUCUGCGUCCGAUUGCGAACCAAGGUCGGCUCCUCCAUCGUUUCGACUUUGAAGGCUAGGCUCCAAGCGAUCGACCGAGUGGUGAAUUCGCUAGACGCCAUGAGCGUCGCUAAGGACACAGUUAAAUGCGAGCAGGUGACGCUCGACAAGGUGGUCUUCACGUACUCAGACGGUUCCGGUGCCGAGGGAGCGAAGCGGUGGCGAGUCUCGCUCGACGUGUCGAAGGAUCGCAUGGUUAUGGACCUCGAGAUUGGUAACCCCCAUAUUCGGAUCCUCGAUCAUCUGUCUUCACUCCUCAACGCUCCCAAUGGCAUCUCGAACCUCACCCUCGUUCUACCUAUGACACUCAAUAUCCUCACCGUCCUGGAUAAGCUCCAUAAUAACUGGAAGGAGAUCGCCAAGCGCGGAAAGGGCACCCUCAUCAUCAACGCCAAGUCCCUCGAUUGGUAUACGCUCUGCUACGAAAUGCCCGAAGCCCCGAACCGGCCGCGUGCUCUUGGAAUCGACGUACGUGCGAAGCUUCGCAACGGCAAACUCUGGUGGUUCAUCACCCGGGCCGAUCCGCCGGCGCCGGGCCAGGAACAGAAUGACUUCUUCAACCAGCGCUUAAGGAAAGUGUGGGAAGCUAAGAACGUUCCCUGGCGGUCUCUCUCUUCGGGUGCGGCCAUGGACAUUGACGAUAAGUCACUCAAGCUGCUGUUCGGACUCGAUCAUAUGGUGCGUGAGGCCGUGAUAGGAGGCGGAGGCUCUGGUGCGAACGCCGGAGCGAACAAUGCGCAGGCAGCGGGUAAGCUGAGUGCGGCACAGGCGGCGGCGGCCUCGGCUGUUGGGAGUAGAGCAAAGCCGGUGACUCUUGACUAG